GGAAAUGACGUAGCCGCACCCCGGUCGCAUGAUGUGGCAGAAAAAAAAGGCCGAGGGAGGGAAGUGUGACAAGUCCUAAAAUAGUCCCUUCCGGUAGGGGAUCCCUCCGCCGUUCCAAUUGGAUACUCCGAGUUUUGUUCACCACCGUCCUCAGGAUUCUUCCGCCCGGCCGGCGCUGUUAAUGCGGGGUCCCGGCAGGUGAGGAGGUGGCUGCUCCUUCAGAGCGUGUAUCGCUCCGCCAGCAGGGGCCGUUUCCGGAUCGAACGGCUCUCUCUCCCUUCCCGGCCCAUUCCGCCAUUGCGGUUCUGUGCCCCGGAGCCCCUGAGGAGACUCCCCGGUCCGGUCUCGGGCUGGAGCCCCCACCAGCCGCCGCCGCCAUGGCCCAAAUUCUGCCCAUCCGUUUCCAGGAGCAUCUCCAGCUCCAAAAUCUGGGGAUCAACCCAGCUAACAUUGGCUUUAGUACUCUGACUAUGGAGUCAGACAAAUUCAUCUGCAUAAGAGAGAAGGUAGGAGAACAAGCACAGGUGGUGAUCAUUGACAUGAAUGAUCCCAGCAAUCCCAUUCGCAGACCAAUUUCAGCUGACAGUGCUAUCAUGAAUCCUGCUAGCAAAGUCAUUGCACUAAAAGCUGGGAAAACGCUUCAAAUCUUUAACAUUGAAAUGAAGAGUAAAAUGAAGGCUCAUACUAUGACUGAUGAUGUUACCUUCUGGAAAUGGAUUUCUCUGAACACUGUUGCUCUUGUAACGGACAACGCAGUCUACCAUUGGAGCAUGGAGGGAGAAUCUCAGCCUGUGAAAAUGUUUGACCGACACUCUAGUCUUGCAGGUUGCCAGAUCAUCAACUAUCGUACAGAUGCUAAGCAGAAAUGGUUACUUCUGACUGGCAUAUCUGCACAGCAAAAUCGUGUUGUGGGAGCCAUGCAGCUUUAUUCUGUAGAUAGAAAAGUGUCCCAGCCUAUCGAGGGGCAUGCAGCUAGUUUUGCUCAGUUCAAGAUGGAAGGUAAUGCUGAGGAAUCAACUCUCUUCUGUUUUGCAGUAAGAGGUCAAGCUGGAGGCAAGUUGCAUAUCAUUGAAGUUGGCACACCACCAACAGGGAACCAACCAUUUCCCAAGAAAGCAGUGGAUGUCUUCUUUCCUCCUGAAGCACAGAAUGACUUUCCUGUAGCAAUGCAGAUUAGUGAAAAACAUGAUGUGGUGUUUCUGAUAACAAAAUACGGUUACAUCCAUUUGUAUGACCUUGAAACUGGCACCUGCAUCUACAUGAAUAGAAUCAGUGGAGAAACCAUAUUUGUCACUGCACCGCAUGAAGCAACCGCUGGAAUUAUAGGCGUUAACAGAAAAGGACAAGUGCUCUCAGUAUGUGUAGAGGAAGAGAACAUAAUUCCUUACAUCACUAACGUGCUGCAAAAUCCUGACCUGGCUUUGCGAAUGGCUGUCCGCAACAAUCUGGCAGGAGCGGAGGAACUCUUUGCGCGAAAAUUCAAUGCACUGUUUGCCCAGGGAAACUACUCAGAGGCAGCAAAAGUGGCAGCAAACGCACCAAAGGGAAUUCUGCGUACUCCAGACACCAUACGCCGGUUCCAGAGCGUUCAAGCACAGCCAGGUCAGACUUCUCCCUUACUCCAGUACUUUGGAAUUCUACUAGACCAAGGUCAGCUGAACAAAUAUGAAUCCUUGGAACUCUGCAGGCCAGUGCUUCAGCAGGGACGCAAACAGCUUCUGGAGAAAUGGUUAAAAGAGGAUAAGUUGGAGUGUUCAGAGGAAUUAGGAGAUCUAGUGAAGUCUGUGGACCCUACUCUGGCACUUAGUGUCUAUCUAAGAGCUAAUGUUCCUAACAAGGUCAUCCAAUGUUUUGCUGAAACAGGACAAGUCCAGAAGAUUGUUCUGUAUGCUAAGAAGGUUGGGUAUACUCCAGAUUGGAUUUUCCUGCUGAGGAAUGUAAUGCGAAUCAGCCCUGACCAAGGACAGCAGUUUGCUCAAAUGCUAGUUCAGGAUGAAGAACCUCUUGCAGAUAUCACACAAAUAGUGGAUGUGUUUAUGGAGUACAACCUAAUUCAGCAGUGUACUGCCUUCUUGCUGGAUGCAUUGAAGAAUAACCGCCCUUCUGAGGGUCCCCUGCAAACACGUUUACUCGAGAUGAAUCUCAUGCAUGCACCUCAGGUUGCAGAUGCUAUCUUGGGAAACCAGAUGUUUACUCACUAUGACCGGGCUCACAUUGCACAGCUGUGUGAAAAAGCUGGCCUGCUGCAGAGAGCAUUAGAACACUUCACUGACUUGUAUGAUAUCAAGCGUGCAGUAGUUCACACUCAUCUUCUCAACCCUGAGUGGCUGGUGAACUAUUUUGGCUCCCUAUCAGUGGAAGACUCUCUGGAGUGUCUGCGUGCCAUGCUUUCUGCUAACAUUCGUCAAAACCUGCAGAUUUGUGUUCAGGUAGCUUCAAAAUAUCAUGAACAGCUGUCAACACAGUCACUUAUUGAGCUGUUUGAGUCUUUUAAGAGCUUUGAAGGUCUAUUUUAUUUCUUGGGCUCAAUUGUAAACUUCAGCCAGGACCCAGAUGUGCACUUCAAAUAUAUCCAAGCUGCAUGCAAGACAGGGCAAAUUAAAGAAGUGGAAAGAAUCUGCAGAGAAAGCAAUUGCUAUGAUCCAGAACGUGUUAAAAACUUCCUCAAGGAAGCAAAACUGACUGACCAGUUACCACUGAUCAUUGUAUGUGAUCGCUUUGACUUUGUCCAUGACCUUGUGCUGUACCUGUAUAGAAAUAACCUCCAAAAAUAUAUUGAGAUUUACGUACAAAAGGUGAAUCCAAGCCGUCUGCCUGUUGUCAUUGGGGGACUGCUUGAUGUGGAUUGUUCUGAAGAUGUGAUAAAGAACUUGAUCCUUGUUGUGAGAGGUCAAUUCUCCACUGAUGAGCUUGUUGCAGAAGUAGAAAAGAGAAACAGGCUAAAACUGCUCCUUCCAUGGUUAGAAGCAAGAAUUCAUGAGGGUUGUGAGGAACCUGCUACUCAUAAUGCACUGGCCAAAAUCUACAUAGACAGCAACAACAACCCAGAAAGAUUUCUGCGUGAGAAUCCCUACUAUGACAGUCGUGUUGUGGGGAAGUACUGUGAGAAGAGAGACCCUCAUUUGGCAUGUGUGGCUUAUGAGCGUGGGCAGUGUGACUUGGAGCUUAUUAAUGUAUGCAAUGAAAACUCCCUCUUCAAGAGCCUCUCACGUUACUUAGUUCGCCGUAAGGAUCCUGAAUUGUGGGGGAGUGUACUGCUGGAAAGCAAUCCUUACAGAAGACCACUUAUUGACCAGGUUGUGCAGACUGCACUGUCUGAGACGCAGGACCCUGAAGAAGUGUCUGUUACUGUAAAAGCUUUCAUGACUGCUGAUCUUCCCAAUGAGCUCAUUGAACUGCUGGAGAAAAUAGUUCUUGAUAACUCUGUGUUCAGUGAACACAGGAACCUGCAAAACCUCCUUAUUCUCACAGCUAUUAAAGCUGACCGUACUCGUGUCAUGGAAUAUAUCAACCGUCUGGAUAAUUAUGAUGCUCCAGAUAUUGCUAACAUUGCUAUCAGUAAUGAGCUUUUUGAGGAGGCUUUUGCCAUCUUCAGGAAAUUUGAUGUCAACACCUCAGCCGUGCAGGUAUUGAUUGAACACAUUGGAAACCUGGAUCGUGCCUACGAAUUUGCUGAACGCUGCAAUGAGCCUGCUGUGUGGAGUCAGCUUGCUAAAGCCCAGCUUCAGAAAGGGAUGGUAAAAGAAGCAAUUGACUCCUACAUUAAAGCAGAUGAUCCUUCCUCCUACAUGGAAGUUGUUCAAGCUGCCAAUGCUAGCGGGAACUGGGAAGAGCUGGUGAAAUACCUACAGAUGGCACGCAAAAAAGCACGAGAGUCCUAUGUGGAGACAGAACUCAUUUUUGCUCUUGCUAAAACAAAUCGUCUAGCUGAGCUGGAAGAAUUCAUAAAUGGACCUAAUAAUGCUCAUAUACAGCAAGUUGGUGAUCGCUGCUAUGAUGAGAAGAUGUAUGAUGCUGCUAAGCUAUUGUAUAACAACGUGUCAAAUUUCGGCCGUUUGGCAUCCACAUUGGUUCACCUAGGUGAAUACCAAGCAGCUGUUGACGGUGCUCGGAAAGCAAACAGCACUCGAACAUGGAAAGAGGUUUGCUUUGCAUGUGUUGAUGGGAAAGAGUUCCGUCUAGCCCAGAUGUGUGGACUUCAUAUCGUAGUGCAUGCAGAUGAAUUGGAAGAGCUCAUCAACUAUUACCAGGAUCGUGGAUACUUUGAAGAGCUGAUAACUAUGUUGGAAGCAGCACUGGGACUUGAGCGUGCCCACAUGGGAAUGUUUACAGAGCUAGCAAUUCUCUACUCCAAAUUCAAACCCCAGAAGAUGAGGGAGCACUUGGAACUAUUCUGGUCCAGAGUCAACAUUCCCAAGGUGCUAAGAGCUGCAGAACAAGCCCAUCUUUGGGCAGAGCUGGUGUUCUUGUAUGAUAAAUAUGAAGAGUAUGAUAAUGCCAUCAUCACAAUGAUGAAUCACCCAACAGAUGCAUGGAAAGAAGGACAAUUCAAAGAUAUCAUCACUAAGGUGGCCAAUGUGGAGCUGUAUUAUAAAGCAAUCCAGUUUUAUUUGGAAUUUAAACCCCUGUUGCUCAAUGAUCUGUUGAUGGUGCUGUCUCCCCGGCUGGAUCAUACUCGUGCUGUAAACUUCUUCAGUAAGGCUAAACAGCUUCCACUUGUUAAACCCUACUUGCGCUCAGUUCAAAACCACAACAACAAAUCCGUGAAUGAGUCUCUGAAUAAUCUCUUCAUUAUAGAAGAAGACUAUCAGGCUCUUAGGACAUCUAUAGAUGCCUAUGACAACUUUGACAACAUCUCCCUUGCUCAGCGUUUGGAGAAGCACGAGCUGAUUGAGUUCAGAAGAAUUGCUGCAUAUCUCUUUAAAGGCAACAAUCGCUGGAAACAGAGUGUAGAACUUUGCAAGAAAGACAGACUAUACAAGGAUGCAAUGCAAUAUGCUUCAGAAUCCAAAGAUACAGAGUUAGCAGAAGAAUUGCUGCAGUGGUUCUUGCAGGAAGAAAAGAGAGAAUGUUUUGGAGCUUGUCUCUUCACCUGUUAUGACCUUCUAAGGCCAGAUGUUGUCUUGGAAACUGCAUGGAGGCACAACAUCAUGGACUUUGCCAUGCCCUAUUUUAUUCAGGUCAUGAAGGAGUACUUGACCAAGGUGGAUAAACUGGAUGCCUCAGAGUCGCUGAGAAAGGAAGAGGAGCAAGCUACAGAAACACAACCUAUUGUUUAUGGUCAGCCACAGCUAAUGUUGACAGCAGGACCCAGUGUUGCAGUUCCCCCACAAGCACCUUUUGGCUAUGGCUACACCGCACCUCCAUAUGGGCAACCUCAGCCUGGUUUCGGGUACACCAUGUAAGGUGCAGUGCAAGUCAAUCCGGAGCUAGCAAAUUUUCUUACUGAAACUCCACCGUCCCUCCCAGCUUCAACUCAAACAGGGAAAAGCAAGCAUUUUGCCUUGUGUUCUUGUAACCUUUAUUUCAUGAAGGACUAUGGUUUUCUAGCGCAAACUGUUUGGAUCACACCUAUGUUCAAUCUUUUUUCACAUUCCAUGUCAUUUAGAUUUUACUUUGAAAGGGGAAUAGCUUAAAUGUUUUUGUUCAAGUGGGCUCUUUUUUGCAGGACUGCUUCUUAACAUUAAAACAGGCUGUUGUGGAGAUUCCAAUUUGCACUCUGUAGUGUUAAGAAACUCUAAUAUUGAAUCUUGCGUUCAGUGUAUGUGAGCAGCUGACAAUAUGUACUGUCUAUCUAAAUGCAUUUAAGUCUCAUUGUAUAUUCAAAGAAAAUGCUAAAGCAAAGAUAUUUCUAUUUGAACUUGCAAGACGGCCGAUGACAGACAACACUAAUCAGCAUAUCCUACUCUGGAUUGCAUAGCUCUUAAAAUGAUUUAAAAAUGCGUAUGGACAACCUUGCCUGAUUUUUAAAAAUGAGUAAAAUUUCCCUUAACCUAUGCAGGUUUUGCUUAUAGAAAAUGCUAGUGUUUUGCUCAUUCCAUAUGUAACAGAUGACCUUAUGUUUUUGUGCUGUAUCCUGUGCUUUUUUGUGGGAUCAUUCCAUUUGGGAACAGAGCACCAUGAUUCCAAUCUGUGUAUUUACUAACCCUGCCCUGAGGUUUGUGUAUGUUGGAUAUUGUGGUGUUUUAGAUCACUGUUUUGAGUGUACAGAAGAGAGAAUUCAAACAAUAUUGCUGUUCAGUUUUGUCUGUGCAAUUUGAAAUUACUCAAAUUCAAAAAUAAAUUACUGGACUGUGGACAUCCUGUAUAGUGGUAGUUUGACUUAUGUAUCUUUCUCUUCAAAACUAACCUAACCAUUGAGACCAACUAUUCCUGUCGAUUCACUUGGUGUCGGGGGCCCAAGUUCAGACAGCAUUCCUAGGUUAAGGGAGGGGCCAUCAUCUUAGCAAAACAAAUUGAGAAUGGAGACUAUUGGAAAGUGUCUUGCACUGAUGGAUUAUGCAGUAAAUAUGUAUUAAUGCUUUUCCUAUAGCGAGGACUAUACCAGACAGUUGAAAAUAGCACUUUUCAAAAGUUGGCUAUAUGUGGUCAGCUACAGCAUCUUAACUGGGAGAUACUUUAAGGUUGUAGUCUGUUUCAGUUAAAUUGACAAAGAUCAUGUUUUAGGUAUGUUAAGUUGCCUUAAUAUAUUUAGCUUCAAAUAAAAUUGACUUAAAUGUUUGACAA